AUGACGUAUACUGGAAAGAAAUGGAAGAAGAGUCGAAGACUGUUACACAGGCAUAAAAGCGAUUUGGACCCGUUUUCCUCUCGAAAACGACUACACAACAUAUUUCUUUUGUCCUUCGUGUAACAUGCGAGUUAUAGCGGAAUCUUGGCAAGAAUCAUCAUGCGCUAUACGAGCGUUAGGCUGUGGUUCUUUCAAUUCGCACAUAGUCAUGGUAUGUGCCGUAACUUUCAAUUGCCGCGCUUUCAGCAAACAAUUUCGUACAAAAGCGUUCAGAGUAAAUCGGAUCCAAAAGUUGCAGCUCUCCGAGAUAAAUUAGUAUAUUGCGAUUAUUUGGAUCUUGACAAGGUAAAACUGGGAUAUAAGAAACGUACCGAGUUUCGAAGGAAAGAGUAUCAGCGGAGGGAAAACUUGAGAUACAAAAAGGUUGCUUAUCACCCGGUAUUUAGCGUUACCUUAAACGAUGCAGCGGAGCGAGAAGACGAAAUAGCGAAGGCGGAAGAGAAGGAGGAGGAGGAUGAUGAUGAUGAUGAUGAUGAUGAUGAUGAUGAUAUGUUUAAAAAUGUGAUGAAGAAAAAGCCUCUGUAUAUGCCGUACGCGGCGGUAGAUAGAUACGAUUCGACGCCUAUCGAUGAUUCGAUGCCGGACAAUGUCGAAGAAAGCGUAUUGAACGACAAAUACAAGGCUUUGUACGAGAAAUAUUUAGAGGUAAAAAAGAGCGACCCGAGUAACAUGAAUCAGUUGGAGUUUGAAGAUUUGAUGAGAAAAGGUGAAGACGAGGUAUUGAAGGAUGCGCCGGAAGGGGAAUUGUGGAAGGUUCCGCAUAAUUGGAUGGUCGAUUACGAACACUUUGACGAUACUUCGAUCGAUAUGAAUUGGUACAAGAAUUACGGUACACCGAAUCCCGAUUCAGAAGUGAGUCCUGUUCCAUGCGGCGGCUGCGGUGCUUUGUUGCAUUGUAAAGACCCAGGGAUUCCUGGUUAUUUACCAUCGGAACUAUUCCGCUGUAACAGCGACGAUGAAUAUUUGAAAUCAACGAUUUGUCAGAGGUGUCAUUUCCUAAAGUUUUACAACGCGUCGUUAAAAGUGAAAGUAUCGAUAGAAGAUUAUCCGAAACUGUUGCAAGUAAUUAAACGUAAAAAGUGCGCGAUCGUAUUGAUGAUCGAUCUGACAGAUUUCCCUUGUAGCAUUUGGCCUAAUUUGAAAAGCAUUCUGCAUCCUUUCACGCCUAUUUUCCUGGUUGGAAACAAAGUCGAUCUGUUGCCCAGGGAUUCUCCGUUAUUCUUCGACAACGUUAAAAGGAGUUUAGUAGAGACGGUACUGGAUGUAACUGGCGUAAACGGGGCAAACAUUACGCACGUGCAGCUUGUGUCCGCCAAAACUGGAUACGGCGUAGAGGAGUUGAUAAAUAAGUUACAACACAUAUGGCGAUACAGGGGUGACGUCUACUUGGUCGGCUGCACGAACGUUGGAAAAUCUUCAUUGUUCAACACUUUAUUGAACUCGGAUUUCUGCAAGGUGCAAGCUGUUGACCUUGUACAACGCGCUACGGUGUCUGCUUGGCCAGGAACUACAUUGAAUUUAUUGAAAUUUCCAAUUUUAAAUCUGAACGGCAUGAAACUUUCGGCAAGAGUAACGAGGCUUUGCGACGAGAGAUUGUACAGACAGAGAGCAGCGCGAUACAAGAAUUAUAAAUUUAAAGAGACGAGGGACCUGGAAUUCGCGACGUUAGAAGCUCCAGUUGGUAGAUCGUUCACCGGAUACUCGCUGAAAGAAGAGAUCGCCGAUCCUUUCUCGGAAAAGUCGCACAAUUUCAUGACGAAGAAACCGACUUUCGACGAAUCUGAACCAGAGUACAAGCUGAGUCGAUGGUGCUACGAUACUCCGGGUACUAUUCAGAAGGAUCAAAUUCUAGAUUUGUUAACGACCGAUGAAUUGAUGUUAACGUUACCGCAACGAAUUAUCUCGCCGAGAACGCUUAUGUUGAAAUCGAAACAAACACUGUUCGUAGCUGGCAUGGGAAGAUUGGAUUAUCUCGAAGGAGAACACUAUAUACGGUGCACGCUGUUCGCGAGCAAAGAACUACCUAUAACGGUGUGUUACACCGUAGAUGCGAACCAAGUGUACGAGGAAUUGUUGGAUAGCGAGGCUUUCGUCGUACCCGCCAACGAUCCGGAACGAUUGAAAAUGUGGCCGAAAUUGGGAUGGAAAGAGCUAAAGGUAACCGGUGUGAGAGGUGAAUCCGUCGCUGACGUUGUACUCUCGAGUAUAGGUUGGAUCGCUGUUACGCCUCACGAAAACGAGAGCGCUUGUUUGAAAGCGUGGACGCCCGAGGGUCGUGGUAUAUAUCUGAGAAGUCCGGCAUUGCUGAGUAAAUCGGUGUAUCUUCAUGGGCCGAGGGUUGCAGGAACUCCGAUGUAUAGAUUUGGAAAACAGGUAUACGUUAAAAUUUAAAGGUGCACACCAUGGAUUUAUUCACGUUUCAAUCGUCAACUUGUCAUAGGUUUGUAAAGUCGGUGAAAAUUUUUGUAAAAACCGUCUCGUUUAUACGUAUGUACGU